AUAAUAUCUCAUGAUCGUGUCGCGCCGGUGGUUGAACGGACAGAGGUGGCGGAGGACUGCGUCGCGGCAACAUGACGAGACCCGGGCCCCCUAAUGAAAAUUUACCCACGGUGAAGCUGGUGGUGGUGGGAGAUGGUGGCGUCGGCAAGAGCGCCAUCACGAUCCAGUUCUUCCAGAAGCUGUUCGUGACGGACUAUGACCCCACCAUCGAGGACUCGUACAUACAGCACACUGAGGUGGACGGACAGUGGUGCAUACUUGAUGUGCUGGACACGGCCGGCCAGGAGGAGUUCAGCGCGAUGCGCGAGCAGUACAUGCGCAAGGGCGACGGCUUCCUGCUUGUGUACUCGGUCACCGACAAGCAGAGCUACGAGAACAUACGCCACUUCCACACACAGAUACUGAGGGUCAAGGACAGGGAGUCGUACCCGAUGCUGCUGGCGGCCAACAAGGUGGACCUGGUGGCGGCGCGCGCGGUGGGCGAGGAGGCGGGCCGCGAGCUGGCGCGGCAGCUGGCGGCGCCCUACAUCGAGACCAGCGCCAAGGAGCCGCCGCUCAACAUCGACGCCGCCUUCCACGAGCUGGUGCGCAUUAUUCGAAACCACCCGCAGCAAGAGGAGAAGCAACGCCGCCGCAGGAAGUUCGGCAAAUGUACUCUGCUGUGAAAUUGCAGCGCGCACUCCACGCACGCGCAACACGCACGCCACGUGCGUGUGCACACGCCGCCCAUGCGCUGUACAUGCGUCACACGCGACCAUGUUCCUCUAAAUUGUGUGCUGCGCUGCUCUAGCUGGCUGGAUGGAUCUACUAGGUAUGGUAUAGUUGGUUGGUUGGUCGGAUGUCGCGGAGGCGUAGAUGUAGCUCUGUUUUACUGUAAGUUAUUAAUUUUAUGUUUUUAAUAUUUUCUUUCAUAACAAAAUGUAAUGGGAUUACAGUCUAUCCAAAUACUCUUUUACAGUUUUAAUUAUAAAUGCUAAUUUAAUUCUUAUUUACUAAAUAGUAUUAUACUAUUUGUUAUAUAAAAAUAAUUAUUUAUAAAUGUUUUUUACGCGAUGCAAAGGAAGCGAGUCCAUACAGCUGUGUUUUUAUGAAAUCUGAAAAAACUAAAAUAGGAUAAUGAUAAAAAAAAAAAUACAAUUAAUCUAUUACUUAUUAUUAUUAAUUUUUCACUCAGUAUCAUGAUUUGUUUUUAUAAAUAAGCCAGUGUUUGACCAAAAGUGGCUAUCCCUAAUUUAAAACUACAUAAUAAAUGUCUUUACUAACCAGUGGCCGAAUUUUUAGCUAGCUUUUGAAUUGCUUGACGAACAUGGUGGUAUAACUGUGGUAUUUAUCUGAUAAUGGAUAUUUGUGUUAUGUAUGUUGUUUCAUGUUGGAUACAUAGCCUGUCAGUAAUGUAAUAGAAGAUUUGAUUGCAGGCAUUUAAUGCAUGUUUAAUGAUUUAAUGCAUUCUUACACACUCCGAUAAAUCCUUAAUCAGUUACAUCUACAAUGAUGAAUUAUAAAUGUGUAACGAGAAUCAUUAUAUACGACCGUAAUACGAUUUAUUUAUAUAAUUUGAACGGCACAGAUAAAGCUGCUGUUUAUCGGAUCGUGUAUGGACGGCUUUAUGAGUUCGCUAUCUGUGAGCUUGUCUAUCAUAUAAGGCAUGUACAGAAAUGUGAAUAUAUGUUUAGGAUGUAUAAUGCUGUUCUUGGUCUAUUCACUCUAUCUCUAUUUAUCUGGAGAUAGCUUUUUUUAAUGAGUGAAGUUAGAAUAGUAGCCCCGCCUGCGCUAUCAGUAUACGCUGGCGGGGUCACCAGUGAAGGGUGAUAGGUGAGGAUGAAGACAGGUCAGUUGGCCUAUAGUGACCAAUUGAACAAGAAUUAACCACUAUGGUUUCCAGGGGGAAAAACGUGGAAGUCGACCUGAUAGGGUGUAUUGCUAGCAAUGGGGCUGUUAAAUCUCAUUACUAACAAUCCCUUUCCCCCAUCUGGAUCUAGUUAGAAUAAUUCACAAUUUCUAUUGGUAUUGGUAACUAAUUUGUUAUUUAUAUCCAUGAAAGCUUAAUAUAUUUUAAUUGUAACAGAUUUUUAUAACUUUAUGCCUAGUUGGUCAGUUAAAAGGUAUUGAACCUUACGGGAGAAUGUUUAGUCUAUUUCUGCAGUAUUAAAUUCUAUUAUUUUAAUACAUAGUGUUAUUAUUUGAGUGUUUAUUUAUUAAUUUAUAUUUAACCAAAGUAUAGCAUUUAUUUAGUGAGUAAGUCGCUGUGUUAUCUUAGUGUAAGGCUUCCUUUAAUUAGGACGUGUUCGAAUGCAGCAUGAAAUUGGAAUAUUCUGGAAUUAAUAAUACUAGCUAGGUAAAAUGUAUUGUCUAGUUUUUAUUACUUAAUUGGUAAACAAUAUAUUUUUGAUUCAUAAUUUUAAUUAGUGAUUAACUGAUAAAAAAAAUGGACAUUCGCGAUUUUUGAAUAAAAUACUUACCCAAGUUGUUUAUCAUAAGUAACAAACUACAAUUACAUCCUAUUGACCAGUAUUUAUAUUCGGUCAUUCUUAAAAUUUUAUUUAUUUAAGUAACUUAAAUAUAUAUAUAUAUAUAUAUAUAUGUAUAUGUAUAUGUAUAUGUAUACUACUUUUGAAUAUGAUAUACAAGGAUCCAAAUGUCAGGCUAAGCGCGGAAAAUGCAGUCUAAAUUCAUUGUUUUACGGUAUAAUUCUUCGCGUAUAUUUAGACCUGGUAACAUUUCGUAAACGAUGGCGAAUGAUCGUGUAAUGGGUGCUUUAUUGAAAGGCGACUAAUGAUUAGAAUUUUGUGCUGCAUUAGAAUUAAUAAAUAGUGAUGCUUAUUUUAUUAUUUAUUGUUUUAUGUUUUUGCCAACAUUGUUGGUACAGUCACAUACA